UGCGGAGGGAGGGAAAGAAGGAAGAUGAGCCCCUCGCCGAGCCUGGCGCCCUCCCUGCUCUCCGCCACCCUGGUGCUGAGCGCCCUGCUCCGGGGCGCCGCCGGGGACCCCAACUUCAGCCCCGAGGCCUGGCUGCAGCAGUAUGGGUACCUCCCCCCCGGCGACUUGCGGACCCACACCCAGCGCUCACCCCAGUCGCUCUCGGCUGCCAUCAGCGCCAUGCAGAGCUUCUAUGGUCUGCGGGUCACUGGGACCGCUGACGCCGACACCAUGAGGGCCAUGCAGCGGCCCCGCUGUGGCGUCCCGGAUAAGUUCGGGGCCGAGAUCAAGGCCAAUGUGCGGCGCCGGCGCUACGCAAUCCAGGGCCUGAAAUGGCAGCACAACGAGAUUACGUUCUGCAUCCAGAACUAUACGCCCAAGGUGGGCGAGGCGGCCACAUUCGAGGCCAUCCGCCGGGCCUUUGGGGUGUGGGAGGCGGCCACGCCGCUGCACUUCCGUGAGGUGCCCUACGCCCACGUGCGCCAGGGCCGGGCGCCCCAGGCCGACAUCAUGAUCUUCUUCGCCGAAGGCUUCCACGGCGACAGCACCCCCUUCGACGGGGAGGGGGGCUUCCUGGCCCACGCCUAUUUCCCCGGCCCCCACAUUGGCGGUGACACCCACUUCGACUUGGCCGAGCCCUGGACCGUCCGCAAUGAUGACCUCAAUGGGAACGACAUCUUCCUGGUGGCCGUGCACGAGCUGGGCCACGCGCUGGGGCUGGAGCAUUCGAACGACCCCUCGGCCAUCAUGGCGCCCUUCUACCAGUGGAUGGACACCGAGAACUUUGUGCUGCCGGACGAUGACCUGCGUGGCAUCCAGCAGCUCUACGGGAGCAAGUCGGGAGUCCCCACCAAGGCCCCCCCGGUGCCCCGCACCACAGCCAGGCCCCAUAUGCCUGACGAGCCCAAGAACCCCCCCUACGGCCCCAACAUCUGCGACGGCAACUUUGACACCAUCGCUGUCUUGCGUGGGGAGAUGUUCGUCUUCAAGGAGCGCUGGUUCUGGCGGGUCCGGAAUAACAGGGUCAUGGAUGGGUACCCACUCCCCAUUGGCCAGUUCUGGGUCGGUCUCCCAGCGUCAAUCAGCACGGCCUAUGAGAGGAAAGAUGGGAAAUUUGUCUUCUUCAAAGGUGACAAGCACUGGGUGUUCGAUGAAGCCAUCCUGCAGCCUGGGUACCCCAAACCUCUCCGGGAGCUGGGCCGGGGGCUCCCCACUGAUCGCAUCGACGCCGCCCUCUUCUGGAUGCCCAGCGGGAAAACCUACUUCUUCCGGGGCAACAAAUAUUACCGUUUCAAUGAGGAGAGCCGCUCGGUGGAUUCCGAGUACCCCAAGAACGUCGCCGUCUGGGAGGGGAUUCCCGAGUCACCCCGUGGGGCCUUCAUGGGCAGCGACGAAGCCUUCACCUAUUUCUACAAGGGCAGCCGCUACUGGAAGUUCAACAACCAGCAGCUGCGGGUGGAACCGGGCUACCCCAAGUCGGCGCUGCGGGACUGGAUGGGCUGCAGGGGCGGCCGGCGCGAGGAUGAAGAGCGGGAGGAGACCGAGGUCAUCGUCAUUGAGGUGGACGAAGCGGGGGGCGGGGCGGUGGACAUGGCCGCUGUGGUGCUCCCUGUCAUGCUGCUGCUCUGCGCCCUGGCGCUGGGCGCCGCCAUCCUGGUCUUCAAACGCCGCGGGACCCCCAAGCGGCUGCUGCACUGCCAGCGCUCCCUGCUGGACAAGGUGUGA